ACACACACACACACACACUCUCUCUCUCUCUCUCUCUCACACAUACACACAUCUCAGCACUGAUUCAUGAGUUCGGCUGCUGUCGGAUCAGCCUACCUGUUGGUCUGACAUCGGACCCCGGCUGAUCGUGGACCUGAUCGCGGAGUUGGGGAUUAAAACCGACUGAACCCGGAGUGGAUGAGGAACCUAAACAUGUUUCUACGGUUAAUACUUUGGACUGCUCUGGCCGCGUACCGCGGGACGCCGACCUGCGACGGAUUUAACAUAGAUGCGAAGUUUCCUGUGAUUAAACAGGGGAAAACCGACGGGAGCUUCUUUGGAUUCUCGGUAGCUCUGCACAGACAGACGAAGGGCUCCGACAAAUACCUGCUUCUCGUAGGAGCACCCAAAGAAAAAGCCAAUUCUCUUCCAAAUGUCAACGAAACGGGCGCCGUGUACGCCUGUCCAAUCAGCGAAGACCGCACAGACUGCACCAGGAUGGAUCUGGUCACAUCAACCAAGCCGUCGGAGAUAGUGGAGGGCAUGUGGCUGGGCGUGACGGUGGCCACCCAGCGGAGCCUGAAGGAGGGACGUGUGCUGGCUUGUGGGCAUCGUUAUGUGAAGAUCAGCACAGGCCAGAGGCGGAUGAUCGGAAAAUGCUUCGUAAGGAGCAACGAUCUGACGCUUGACAACAACGAUCUCUGGCAAACUGAUAGCUAUGAGCGCUGCAACCCUGGAGACGACCACAAGAAGGAGGGAAUGUGCAACCUGGGCAUCUCCGGUGGUAUAACUGAGACCGAUGUCGUCCUCGGCGCCACGGGAAGCAAUAACUGGAAAGGGAACGUCCAUUUAACCUGGAGAGAUCCAAAUCCAGACAACUAUGGGACCAGUAUUCAGAGAACAAUAAAGGAUGACAAAAAAAACAACAUCUAUAUUGGUUAUUCAGUUCUCGAGGAGCAAAAACUGCUGAGUAGUCACCACAACACUGUUGUGACGGGGUCCCCCAGGGAUGAAUCCAAGGGCUCCGUGAUGUUGGGAGAACAGAUUCAGGACAAAAUCCAGAUCACCCACACCAUCCUGGGAGAACAAGUGGGCUCCUACUUUGGGAGCAGCCUGGCUGCCACUGACCUCAACAAUGAUGGCUGGAACGACCUGAUUGUUGGGGCUCCGUUUUACUUCGACCGCAAUGCGUUGAGCGGAGGAGCGGUGUACGUUUUCAUGAAUGAGAACGGAUCUUUCCAGAGUACCUGCACCAUGAAGCUGACCGGUGAAGCUUUCUCCGGGUUUGGCACUGCAGUCGCUGCCAUCGGCGAUGUCAAUCAGGACGGAUUUCAAGACUUUGCAGUAGGAGCUCCUUUUCAUGGGACAGGACGGCUCUAUAUCUGGAUGGGAAGUAAAACUGGAGUCUCCCAGCAGCCCAGUCAGAUAAUUGAGGGAACGUCAGUGGUCAAUGGCAACUUCCAAACCUUUGGUUACUCCAUAAAUGCAGGCAUGGACACUGACAACAACGGCUACCCGGACAUCUUAGUUGGCUCACUGGAUGAGCGUGUAGCUCUUCUAAGAGCUCGCCCUGUCAUUCACCUGACCAUAGACUUCACUGCUGAGCCCAAGAUAGUGGAUCCUAAGAAUUGUCCUGCAGCUAAUCCAUGCAUCUCGGUGAAGGCGUGCCUGUCGUUCACGCUAAGCAACGGAAACAAAAACUUUAAGAAAAACAUCAAUAUUCCUUGCGAGGUUGAAGCCGACACGCUAUUCAGUAAAAAACCUCGAGUCCAAUUCCAAAACGGUGUCAAUAAAUUCACCAUAACUCUGACCCAGCCGUCUUCUAGUCCCGUCUGUCGCGUCCUAAAACUAAGUGUUGAGGACCGUGUGAAGGACAAGCUGGAACCGGUGGUCUUUUCCCUCAACGUAACGUUACCGGAACACGAUGGCAAUCCCAGAAGCAUUGAGGAUCUUUUCCCCACUAAAAGCCCAGAGCAGAAACUCACCCAACGAACUGAGAUAAACUUUCAGAAGGCGUGUGGCGUAGACAAUAAAUGCACCAGUAACCUGCAGCUGUCUGCAGAGUUUGCUCACGAUAACGGAACCUUGGUCCCCAGGAAGAAGCUCGUUCAGGUGCUCCAGUUCGACAAGAGUUUGAAAAGAAUCAAGCUGCUGGUGGUGGUUACAAACUUUGACUCGUCUGGAAAGGCGGCGGAGGACGCCCACCUGGCCAUGCUCAACGUCUCCAUCCCCAACGCAAUACAGUACUCUGGCGUCAGAUCUGACAACCCUGACGUAGAAUGCCGCUUUGAUGUGACAGUCAUGUGUGAGCUGGGGAAUCCACUAAAGGCCAAAGAAAAGGUGUCGCUGCAGCUUUUAUUCGAGACUUCGGGCAUCGAUCUGUACACGACAGCCAUAGAGAUUCAACUGAUGCUGUCAACUCUUAGUGAGCAGAGUGACCUGAGGCCGGCCACGGCAGCCCUGCAGAUUGAAAGCAUCAUUAAACCCUCCUUUUUCCCGGAGGACUUUGAGGAGAAAACUAAAUUUGGAGGGACAGUGAAGGGAGAGUAUGCUAUGCACAACACCAGUGACGCCGGCAGUCUGGUGGAGUUCACCUUGAAUGUGAAUAUGCAUGACGAGCCUCUGGGAGAUAUGGGGAUCCUUGCCGUAGAGUUUGAUUGGCCUUUUGAAGUCCCCAAUGGCAAGUGGCUGCUGUACCUGACAAAGAUUGUUGUUAAUGGAGAAUCAGAAAUGGACUGCAUCCCCGCCGGAGUGAUCAACCCUCUUAACCUGACUUUGUCAGAGAGCCGACCCAGCCAAGCCAGGUCCAAACGGCAGACUGACGAAAACGACAUGGAAGAAAAGAUUCAACUCCAUGUCGUUGAGCCACAGGCGGCAAUCACCCUGCACCCUUCUCGGAAAAGCUACGUUUUGGACUGCUCCGUGGGGACGGCGAGAUGCGUGAAGUUCACCUGCCCUCUGCUCAACAUGUCCAGGACGGCCAAGAUUCGAGUCCGCUCUCGUUUGUGGAACAGCACCAUGCUGGAGGACUAUCCCAAUGCUCUGAACGUUCGAGUCAAAGUUCGUGCCACACUGAAGCUCAUCACGGAUAAACCAACCAUCAAGAUGGACACUAUCGAUCUGCCUCUCACAGUGUAUAUAGAGCCAGAGGAAAGUGUGGAGAUACCCUACGAGCUCCCGCUGUGGAUCAUCAUCUCUGCAGCUGUAGCAGGACUUUUGCUUCUAGGAAUCAUCAUCCUUAUCAUGUGGAAGUGUGGGUUCUUCCAGAGGGCUAGCAGGAGGGAGAUGUAUGAGGCCAAAGCCCAGAAGGCUGAGAUGAAGAUCCAGCCCUCAGAGACAGAAAAGAUGAUUGAGGACUACUAAGGCCUCCAUGUGUUUUCCCGACAGCACUCACCAAUGGGGCCUUUGGGUAAAGACACCCCUCAGAACUGAUCUUGCUUUGUUACAGUGCUGGGCAGACAGAAUAAAACCCCUUUUUUUUUUUACAUUUUGGUAAACAACAACCACAAACAAUGUUUUGGAAUUUUAGAAUUAAUAAACCAACAUAAAGUUGAGUAAAAUUGUGAGGUGAAAGGAAAAAUAUGAUACAUUUUCAAUUCUUCCAAUAGAUUCUCAAAUUGAUUUAGGCCUUGACUUUGACUAUGCCAUUCUACCAUGAGUAGGCUUUGAUUUGAACCACUCCCAUCCAGCUCUGACUGUAUGUUCAGACUUGCUGGAAGGUGAGUCUUCACUUUUGGUCUUUUGGACCCUCUAACAGCUCCAUCCAUCUUCUCUUCAACUCCAGCUUGAGUAACCUGGUCACUGAUUGGUUGAACCAGAGAGAGCGGAGAGAGGAUGAUGCUAGCGUCUGCUGUGAUGCUAAGACGGUUUUUGCUUUAUUAAUGCAUGCUAAGGCAUGUCUGGUGCUUUAACUUCUAAAAUGAACGGGUAAGUGUCAUUAGUCUCAGGUCCUCACAGAUUUCAGCUAUUUGCAGGUGUUUCUGGUUGCUAACCUCUGCAAAUCCUGGGACUGUAUUGGUGCUUUAAUAAUUAAAAACUAAAUAUUAAAAACUUAGCAAGUUUUCUGGGGAAAACACUGCAUGCCAGAACAACUCCAAUCUUCACUGGUUCUCAUUUAGGGGUAUUAGAGUAAAGCUGGCAGACUACCAAUUGGAAACAUACUUUUUGGAUUUGUAAUUUACAAAAGUAGAACAUAUAAUCAUUGAACACCAUGAAUUAUUUCCCUUUCACUUCUCAAUUAUGUGCCCCUGUGUGUUGGUCAUAACAAAUCUGAACAAGACAUGUUUGUGGUUUUAAGGGGACAAAAUGUAAAAACGUUCUUGAGUUGUGAAUACUUUUGCAAGGCACUGUAGUUCUAAUAAUCUCAGGUGAGGCUCCUUUCCCCACUGAGCUGCCUGUCCCCUCAGCUUCUAGCUAUUCUAACUACUAAAUCUUCCAACUUUCUUUCAGGCAGAUUAAAUAGACUUCCCUCUUGACUCUGGGUCCUGUUCUUCUCUUUUCUCUCCUUCUUCUCCAGUAGGCCGUCGCUGCUAACAACCUGUUUUUCCGCAGCUUUGUAAUCCGUAAUCUCCUCUGUCGUUAAUCCCGUCUCUCCUGUCGUUUCUGCUCAUCUUUACAGCCUUUUCUAAGUGUAUUUAUAUUUCUGCUGCUUUUCCUCCGUCUUGCUAGCUUGGGUUCUUCAAGCGAGCCAUCUACUACCGGGUAAUGCCAAAGCACCGUGGCGUGAGAAUUCGCAGAGCUGAACGCUAUCAGUUCAAUCUGG